AUGCGGGUACCGUGCCGUGGCCAGGAAAUGGAGCAGGGGGACUGUGAUUUGGCGCAGCAAGAGGUCGAUGAUGACCAGGAGGACAGCACAGCAUCUUGGCCAAGGGUACCACUAUUUCGGCGAACGGCUGCAUGUGGUGAAGCACAAGUUGCGACACGAAAACGACGCUUGGAAGAGAACAGCGAGAACAGCGAGAACACUCCCGGGCAACAGGGCAAUGGAUUUGAUAAAAUCGCAUUUGGUUCGGCUGGGGGCUACGACACGGAUGUAUACGGCAGCAUUCGUGGGCAGCGCAAGAAUGAUUACCUAACAUCGAUAAAUGCGGGCGACGAGGAAGAUGACGUUGAGGAUGAGCUGGUGGGACCGAUGGCUGCCGCAAAAGCUGCUUACACUGCCCCGAAACGUUUCGUAGAGGAAACUACUAAACAUGCACAGGAUGAUGAUCCAUUUGCGGAGACGAGAACGAAGACAAUCGCCGAGCGACAAAGCAACUAUCAGGCAAGAGCGCGUCAGAGACAGAUCUCUCCUGAAAGGGCCGACAUGUUCGCUGAUCAGACUCCGGAUGUGCGAGAUCGAUCUUAUGCUCAGAUCAUGAAGGAACAAAUGUUGCGCGAAGAAACGGAUAAAAUGGAGAAAGAGUUAGCGGACAAGACAAAAUCAGGUGAAUUGAAAGUGACCAAAGCUGCUGCACCAGCACAAAAGAAGGGACGUUGGGAUGAAACGCCAAAAAUUGAGGCAUUAGGUGCAGGAGCGCUCACACCUUCUUCACAGACCCCUGGCUCAACACAGCGAAAACGACUGACUUUGGCAAGCAAUCUGUCGGCUGCUGCUGCCGCUGCUGAUAUAGCGACACCUCGAGUGGCACGCUGGGAUGAAACGCCGGCUCAUGCAUCCGGCGUUGACGCAACUCCCACGUCCGGCGCAAAAACGUGGGAUGCAACACCCUCAACGCAGACCCCUCGUCGUAAUCGUUGGGACGAAACGCCGCGAGAAUCAGUGCGUGAUGGGAUGACGCCGUCGGCACGCGAAGGGAUGACGCCUGGCUGGGGAGCUGAAACGCCGCGUGAUGCACGUGCUUUCGACGAUGUCAAGAUCGAGGAAACUCCAAGUGAAUCAAAACGCCGGUCUCGCUGGGACUUGACGCCGUCUGCUGCCACACCAGUGGCUGCUGCCACUGCAACCCCGUCAAGCACGCAUAUGCCUGGUGGCGCAACACCAUCCGGCUUUACACCGAGCGGAGCAGGCAUGACUCCCUCGAUGAUGACACCGGGUGGUGUGACACCUGUUGGCACACCUGCGAUGGGCCUCAAGACCCCGGUGAUGCCAAUGGUACCGAUGACACCCGAUCAAAUGGCACUUUUCAAAUGGGAAAGAGAAAUUGACGAGAGAAACAGACCGCUGUCGGAUGAGGAAUUGGAUGCACUGUUCCCACCGGGCUAUAAAAUAUUGCCACCACCGAGCGGUUACAUACCACUACGUACACCGGGUCGCAAAUUACUGGCGACGCCUACUCCACUGGGAGCAACUGGAACACCAAUGGGUUUCAUGAUGCAAGGAACGCCAGAAAGACCCGGCUUGGCUGACAAAGGAGUUGCGGGUUUGAUUGACACACAACCAAAAAAUACGGAAUUGCCGCCGCUAAAACCAGAAGAUAUCCAAUAUUUCGAUAAACUUCUGAUGGAAGUGGACGAGAGCACGCUGAGCAAAGAAGAACUUGCGGAACGUGAAAUCAUGACAUAUCUUUUGAAAAUCAAAAACGGAACACCACCGCAACGCAAAUCGGGGCUUCGUAAAAUCACCGAGAACGCAAGACGUUUUGGAGCGGGUGCACUUUUCAAUCAGAUCUUACCGCUUUUAAUGUCACCAACCCUGGAGGACCAAGAGAGACAUCUUAUGGUGAAGGUGAUCGAUCGAGUGCUCUACAAAUUGGAUGACCUCGUUCGACCCUAUGUCCACAAAAUAUUGGUUGUGAUCGAGCCGCUGCUCAUUGAUGAGGAUUACUAUGCUCGAGUGGAGGGCCGAGAAAUCAUCUCAAAUCUUGCUAAAGCUGCUGGUAACCUUUCUGCACAUUCUGCUUUGUCCACAAAUUUUUUAUGCGUUUUUGAGAAUAUCCCUGCAAAGUUUCAGCCUUCUACAUUGUCUGGUUCGCGAAAUCGUUUCCCGCCAAUAAAUUCCUUUGGGGGUCUCGUGCGCGGGGUUUAG